CCCGUGACGUCACGGCCGCCGGCAUGGCCGCCCGCAGGGCGCUGCACUUCGUCUUCAAAGUGGGAAACCGGGCCCGCACGGCGCGGUUCUACCGGGAGCUGCUGGGCAUGAGGGUGCUGCGGCACGAGGAGUUCGAGGAGGGCUGCAAGGCCACCUGCAACGGCCCUUAUGAUGGAAAAUGGAGCAAGACCAUGGUGGGCUAUGGACCAGAGGACAAUCACUUUGUGGCAGAGCUGACUUACAAUUAUGGCAUUGGAGAAUAUCACCUGGGCAACGACUUCCUGGGCAUCACUCUGGUGUCCAGCCAGGCUGUGAGCAAUGCCAGGAAGAUGGGGUGGCCCCUCAAAGAAGUCACCUCUGGUGUCUUUGAAGCUGAAGCCCCAGGAGGAUACAAAUUCUACCUGGAAGACAAGGAACAGCCCAAGCAAGAUCCCGUGUGGAAGGUAACCCUGGGCGUCUCAAACCUGCAGAAGUCUGUGAGCUACUGGUCUGGUUUGCUUGGGAUGAAAAUCUAUGAGAAGGAUGAGGAGAAACAAAGGGCUUUGCUGGGCUACGCUGAUAACCAGUGCAAGCUGGAGCUGAAGGCUGUUGGAGGGGCGGUGGAUCACGGGACGGCGUUCGGCCGCAUCGCCUUCUCCUGUGCCAAGGAAGAGCUGCCAAGCAUUGAAGCCCUGAUGAAAAAGGAGGAUCAGAAGAUUUUGACCCCCCUGGUCAGCUUGGACACGCCUGGCAAAGCCACGGUGCAAGUGGUAAUUCUGGCUGAUCCUGAUGGCCAUGAAAUCUGUUUUGUGGGGGAUGAGGCGUUCAGAGAGCUCUCCCGGGUGGACCCUGAUGGUGACAAGCUGUUGGAUGAUGCCAUGGCUGCAGACAGCAGUGACAAGUGGUUUGCUGAGCACAACAUGAAGAAGGUUUCAGCUUAGCUGGAGGAAUGGACUGUGCUGCUCCUCUGUGCCUUGGAGCUCUUCCAGGAAAAUGCCACUCCUGGUUAAAGUGCUGCCUUCCCAAUCAGAGGGUGCUGGGAUGUCCCGUGGUGGGUUUUUUUUUUUGGGGGGGUUGAUUUAAGCUGAUGCCUCUGGCCUGCUGCUCUCUCCCUUCCUCAUCUCCUCCUUCCAAAAAACUGGGGCUGUGCAGCAAAGGAGCAGCUGAGCCCUUGGCCUCAAAACCAGGGAUCAUCAGUCAAGAGAACAUCACAUUUCUGUGUUGCUGUUAUACUUGAAAGAAAGGUGACUAGCUACGUUAUUUUCUGAUUAAUUAAUUUCCUGAUUAAUUGGCUUUAGCUGUCCUUCAUUUGCAGGCUAGAGAGGAGAUUUUGAGGUAGCUGUGGCUACUCCCCCUCUCCAGUGGGGUGCAUCCCUUUAUUGGGAGCAAUGAAAUGAUCUUGCCAAAAUCUGUGAAUACUCCAGUGCUUGUUUUCAUUCCAAGGUGUUUCCCCAGCUUCCAAGGGGAAAUGUUCACUCGGGAAACCCGUGGUGUGUUCCUCACUGGGAUCCUGCUGCUGAUGGGGUGGUUUCCAGUCCUCCUCCAGGAGAUUUCCACCUUCCAGGAGGGAGCUGAGGCUGUGCUUUGGGGUUUGUAGCUGCACUGUCUGCUGAGGUGCCAGGGGGGCAGCUUGAAGUAAGUUUUGCAGUUAGUUUUUGGUGAGAAGCUGCCUUUGGAAAUAACAGUUCAGGGUUUAUUGCGUUGGAAUGAAGUCACUCUGCUUUCGCUGGGAAUACAGGGAGUCAUUCCUGGCAUUGUUUGUGCCAGGUGUGCUGCCUGACUGCUCAUUUUCUUGAUGAGAACCUUAAAUAAAAUACCUUAAAUCAGGUUUUCAUCGUGAAACUGGAAUGGGUUUCAUGGAGAAGAUCGGGCAGCGUUGGCACUUCUGAGCUGGAACGGGAACAAUUCCUCGCUGCGAUUUUUGCCCGAGCUUUCCAGUUCAGCUUUAAUGACGGUUUUGAAUCCUCUUCGUCAAAUUAAACACGUUGAUACCGGA